GACGUGGAGGUGUGGAGAGAGGCGCAGUUGGAUAGGCAGAGCACAGGCAACAGCUGAAAUGAGCAGAGAGCGCUGGAGUGUGUGUAAGCCUCUGGAUCUAAUAUCACCUACCUGUCCUUGUCACUCCGAUAGUCACCCAAGGUAGCCACAGUUUCCACCGAUGCUGUGACAAAACUCAAUGGCCUGUUUUAAAGCGUUCUUCAGUUUAUAUAGAAAGAGGGCGUCAUCUCAGCAAGAGGAACUGUGCUGCUGUGCGCUUCUUGGACAGCUGAACGUAUUCCGGAGUCGGACUUUCCGCUCAGCCUUCCUGUACUAGAAGCUUGGGAGAUCUUUCACCGAUGAGCUCUAUGCGGGAUCCAUUAAAUAUAGACCACCACCUCACAGGGAAUAAACUCGCCUCCACGCACCACUCUGCUUUGGCAAUGGCUUCUAGUUUGCAGCCGCUGCAGCGCUCCGUGGACUCUAAGCACCGGUUAGAGGUGCACACUGUGUCGGACACAUCAAGCCCAGAGUCUGUGGAAAAAGAAAAGAUACAAAAUAAAAACGACGACUCCUCGGAUGACCCGUCCAAGAAGAAAAGGCAGCGACGGCAGCGGACUCAUUUCACCAGCCAGCAGCUGCAGGAGCUGGAAGCCACCUUCCAACGGAAUCGCUACCCGGACAUGAGCACCAGGGAGGAGAUAGCCGUGUGGACCAACCUCACAGAGGCCAGAGUUAGGGUUUGGUUCAAGAACCGACGAGCCAAGUGGAGGAAACGGGAGAGAAACCAGCAAGCCGAGCUGUGCAAGAACGGCUUCGGCCCGCAGUUCAAUGGACUCAUGCAGCCCUACGAAGACAUGUAUCCCAGCUACACGUACAACAACUGGGCCGCCAAGGGCCUCACGUCCGCCUCCUUAUCCACCAAAAGUUUCCCCUUCUUCAACUCCAUGAACGUCAACCCUUUAUCCUCGCAGACCAUGUUCUCGCCGCCGAACUCCAUUUCCUCCAUGACCUCCAGCAUGGUGCCAUCUGCGGUGACCGGCGUGCCGGGAUCCAGCCUGAACAGCCUCAAUAACUUGAACAACCUCAGCAACCCUUCCCUCAACUCGGGGGUGCCCACGCCGGCGUGUCCCUACGCGCCGCCGACCCCUCCCUACGUAUACAGAGACACUUGUAACUCCAGCCUGGCCAGCCUGAGACUGAAAGCCAAGCAGCACUCGAGUUUUGGAUACGCCGGGGUGCAGAAUCCAGCCACCAAUAUGAGCGCUUGCCAAUACGCGGUGGACAGGCCGGUCUAAUUUCUACCUGCACUGCAAAAAAUUCCCACCGAGCUGAGCUAUUAGAUGAGAAAGCGAGGCUCGAAGUAUUUUUAAUCCAAAACAUCAUUUUGAACAGUUUGAAGUGUAAAAGGAAAUUUAUUGCUCGCCAGUUAACCCUCUUCCCCAAUACUCUGCCAUUUGAGCCACUUUUUCCAUCAAAUAAGAAAAAAUGUGAUUAAAUUCCAUUCUAUUGGCAGGUUGACUUUUAUUCAUUUUAUGUAGGGAAUCUGAAUCAGAAGGUUAUGUUUGUGACGGUGGUUAUUUUUUGCAGUGUACGGGUAAUUAAAAGCAGCCGUCCACAGAAACAAGAGACUACUACAGAUACCUUUCUCAUUUUUUUUAAAAAGGGCACUAAAAGACUGAACCACUGAAACAAACUCUGCUGCUCCUCGGAGUCAAACCGAACCGGGAGUUUUUGAAGUUUCUUCCUCUCUGAUGAGCGCUGGCCUUAUUCACUGAGUAAAACAAUAACAAUAAAGGCCUGCUUCACUUCUCAUGCUCGUUAUGAGAGCUUUCUUUUCUGAUGGAUUCUGGACGUUAACUGUUGACUGAAAAGGUUCGUGUAAAUAUAUUUGAAUGAUCAUCUCCUGUUCGUUGAAGCGGCUGCGCUCCAACACUUCAACUUCUCUCCAGGUUCCAACUUAUCAACGCAUGUGGAUAAAAAAAUAAAUACAAUUCCUAAAAAAGGGAAUCAUGUUUUGCUUGCAAACAAAAAGGGAAUGUACAUACUAAAACGCACCAGUUGUGUGUUUCGAACAUAUUAUAAAUUUAUUAUUAAUGUCUGUGUGAAUAUCGAGUUAGAAUAGCAAUUCUGGAUUUAAAAAAAAAAUAAUAAGCAUCCACAAAUGUUCCUGCGACAAAUGAUUUGGUUUUUUGCUCUGUGUAUACUAUUUGGUACGGAAUUAUGUUGUUUUUUCCCCAACAUCCCAAAAAAAUAUUGUGUUUUAUUUAAUGGAAGUAAAUAUAUUGUUCCAAAAAGA